GCAGGUCUUCACAGAUGGAAUCACAAAUAAACUUAUUGGCUGUUAUGUGGGUAAUGCAAUGGAGGAUGUAGUUUUGGUGCGAAUUUAUGGCAACAAGACUGAGUUGUUAGUCGAUCGAGAUGAGGAAGUGAAGAGUUUCCGAGUGUUACAGGCUCAUGGCUGUGCACCACAACUCUACUGUACCUUCAAUAAUGGACUAUGCUAUGAAUUUAUACAGGGAGAAGCAUUGGAUCCAAAGCAUGUCUGCAACCCUGCUAUUUUCAGGCUAAUUGCACGUCAGCUUGCUAAAAUUCAUGCUAUUCAUGCACACAAUGGCUGGAUUCCCAAAUCUAAUCUAUGGCUGAAGAUGAGGAAAUACUUCUCUCUUAUUCCCACAGGAUUUGCAGAUGAAGAUCUUAAUAAAAGGUUCCUAAGUGAUAUUCCAAGCUCUCAGAUUCUUCAGGAAGAGAUGAAUUGGAUGAAGAGGAUUCUUUCCAACCUGGGCUCACCUGUUGUGCUUUGCCAUAAUGACCUACUAUGUAAGAAUAUAAUCUACAAUGAGAAACAAGGUGAUGUACAGUUCAUUGAUUAUGAAUAUUCUGGAUACAACUACCUGGCAUAUGAUAUUGGAAAUCAUUUCAAUGAAUUUGCAGGUGUGAGUGAUGUAGAUUAUAGUCUCUACCCAGGUAGAGAACUACAGGACCAGUGGCUGCGUUCUUACCUUGAAGCCUACAAAGAAUAUAAGGGCUUUGGGACUGAAGUUACUGAAAAGGAGGUAGAAAAACUCUUCAUUCAAGUCAAUCAGUUUGCUUUGGCUUCUCAUUUCUUUUGGGGAUUGUGGGCUUUGAUUCAAGCCAAAUACUCCACUAUUGAGUUUGAUUUCCUUGGGUAUGCAAUUGUUCGUUUUAACCAGUACUUUAAAAUGAAGCCUGAAGUGACUGCAUUAAAAAUGCCUGAGUAAAGAUGUAAUUAUUCUCAAGUAGCUGAACAAUGCUUGUGAAUCUUUUCUUGAGAAAUUCCGAAAAGCCAAUUACUAAGAUUCUAUUAUUUAAUUUGGUUAUCUUGCUUUACAAAUUACGCCUCUAUCAACCAAUUUGUUUUUUAAAUAGACUGAAUGAUGUAAAAAAAAUAUACCUACUGCUGUCAGUAUGCAGUAGAUUAGAAAUUUGUUAAAUCUACAAAUAGGUAUAAAGAUGUCAGUUUAGUCUUUUUGAUAAUUUAAUCUGCUAUAUGUGAAUUAUUUAUUAUAAAUGUAACAUGAUUCUGUGACUGCUUUCAUCUAUUUCAUCUGUUAAGUGUAAGCAAUGAAAAUGUUCCAGAGGAAAACAUUUUUCUUUUACUUUAAUAAGAUUAAUUUUAGUUAAAAGUUCUAGGUGUUCAUUGAAACUUUUUUAUCUUGAUGCACUGUAAGUAAAAUGGAUCAUUUACUCUUGAAAUGCCAGACACUGGUAUAGAUAGGAUGUUCUUUGAAAAAUACCUGUUUAGGAGUGUGGGACACUUUCACUAUCUAUGGUAGUGGUACAUCUUUUUGAACUGAAUAUUGGAAACUGUUUCUUUGGGGGGAAUUUACCUUAGAAUUUAAUUCUCCUCUCCCUACAGAGUCUGGCAGUAUAAAUAUUUACUGUAUAAUCCUAGAACAGAUAGGAUGAUUUUGUGUCACCAAAAUCUGCAUUUAAUAAUAUUCUCAUAUACUAAAUGUGGUCAUUUAAGUUACUAGUUUGCUUUUAAGAUUUUAGUGUAUCAAGUUUUUUCUAACCAAAUGUUUUGUUUUACAUAUUGAGAUGUUCUAUGUCUUUGUUAUUAAAUAAUAGCUAGUAGAACAAUUGCUAAUAUUGGAAACAAAGAUAGAAUAUUUAUCAUAUGUGGGAACAAGAAAAUGUCAUUUAGAUUAAUUCUGUUUUACCCCCGUAGAUUCAUUUUUUACAUUUUGGUUUCAUGUUUUAGUUUGGCUCCAUAUCUUUGGAAUGAUAGCAAAUGAUUGCUUGAUACAUGUAGGUUCAGAGAAGUUGAGGUGUUAAAAGAAUUAAAUAAGGAACAUUUAAGGCAUUGAUCUUGUACACUUAAAAUCUGAUAUAUCAAAAUGUGAAUUAAGCAGAAAUACUCCUUGUAGGAAGGAUUCUGUUUUUAUUUCUCUUGAUUUUGUUUGUAUAUUUUUUUUAUUUUGUUUUGGAGUGAGGAUGGUAAUAAUUAUAUGGAAGGGAGUUAGAUCUUUGGGAUAAGUAAGCUUCAUGUUUUGAAGACUGCCGUGUGGAGUUGAGUAGUCAUGGUUGUCUUUACUUAGAAAAUUAGUCUGACAAGCUUUUCACUUUGGUCACAUAAGUGCCCAUGUACAAAGUUGGCUUAAUGGAUCUGCAUAUUCAGAAUAUGCAACUACAAAUUAUCCUCUGAGAAAUCUUCUGGAGCGUCUGAUAUAUUAUUCCAAAUGACUUGUAUUCUCAGAUAAGUGCUUUAAAAUACUUGGGUUAUCUCAAGAUGUUUAAAGGUAAUUAAGUAGAAACACUUAAAGGCCAUUUUAAAUGGUAAAUUCUAGUUACAUAAAUAGAAUAUAAAAAUCUGUUUAUAUCUAUAACAGUGUUAGACCAAGAUUUGUUUUCUACCUCCCCAAUGUUAAAAAUGUUCACUUCUGUUUUUAUAAACCACAUUGUUGUAGAAUCAAUAGAAUUUUACUUAAUUGACUGAAUGGAACCAAUUAAACAAUGAAUACCUUUUUAUAUAAUG